CGUUGUUUCUUCUGCUUUGUUUCGUUUUGUUUACUUUAAUGCUUAAGUUUUUUGGACGAUGUUGUGCUAUGAGAAAUCCGUUGUUAUAUUUGAUUUUAUUUUCAAAUAUUUUUAUAUUUUCUGAUUCUAAAGUUUUUAUAAUUGAUGAAAAUGGAAAACCAUUAUCGGAUGUUAUUGGACCCCUUAACGAAGGCUCACGCCUAUCAUUGUUGUGCGAAACAAAUGGAGGUGUCCCUUCCAUUCUUACCUGGUGGAAAGAUACUUUCCUCCUUGAUGAUAGUUUUGACACACUGCCAAGAGGAAAUCUGCGGAAUGAGCUGACAUUAGCUUACUUAGAUAGAGGAGAUUUGAUGUCCACUUUAACAUGUCAAGCUGCUCUUCCUAAUGCCACAGAAUCAUCUGAAAAGUCUGUCAGUCUAGAUUUAAAUUUAAAACCAUUGAAUGUCCAUAUAACAUCACUGCAGCGUCCAUUGUCAGCUAAUCGCCGUACCACCCUCAAGUGCCAAUCCAGUGGCUCUCGACCUCCUGCCGUCCUGACCUGGUGGAUUGGGAGUAGACAACUGCUGAAUGCAACUGUGGUCACUUAUGAUUCCACUACAAUCAGCAAACUUAUACUUGUGCCUACUGCAGAUGACCAUGGUCGUGUUUUGUCUUGCCGUGCUACCAAUCCAAUAAUGAAUGGUCACAUAUUGGAAGAUCAUAGAGUUCUCAACAUACAUCAUAUUCCUGUGUUAACUGUAACUUUUGGGACUGCCAAUGCCUUCAUAGUUGAAGGUGAUGUAGUUUAUUUCGAUUGCAACAUCGUUGCAAAUCCUCCAGUGACUGAGGUUGGAUGGAGAUUCAAUGAGGAGCCUAUGUACACCAACAUCAAUGCUGGUAUCAAAAUUCAGAACCGGUCAUUGCACAUUCAUAAAAUCAGCCGCAAAUCUACUGGGAACUAUUCUUGUGUUGCUGCCAAUUCAGAAGGGGAAGGAAUGAGUGAAAGUGUUGCUAUUGAUGUGCAUUAUAUUCCUUCUUGUGCAUUUCACCAGCAACUUUCAUAUGGUAUUCCACUUAGAGAGUCAGUUAAUAUAAAAUGCAGCGUUGAAGCCAAUCCUCCAGAUGUAGCUUUCUAUUGGUACCUGAAUAAUACUUUUCGACAAAUUCCACUGAAAGACUUUGUUGUAAAUGGGACAGAAAGCAUUUUGCAAUUUACUCCCAAAAGAGAAAGUGACUAUGGGCACAUUAUGUGUGUAGCUGAAAACACUGCUGGUUUGCAAACUGAAGCAUGCUGUUUUAAAGUGUCUCCUGCAUCUGUUCCCAGUGCUGUAGAAGACUGCAUUGUUAUGAAUGAAACAGUUAAUUCUGCUAUUGUAAGCUGCAUUCCGGGAUAUGAUGGUGGUCUUAAUCAGGAAUUCCAUAUUGAACUAUACAGUUCUUCAGGCUUAGUGGAAUCUGCUGUAGAAAAAGAAUAUCCUUUGUUUGAAAUUGAUUAUCUUCCACCUGGAACAUCAUUGAUUGCUGUUGUUUUUGCAACUAAUAGUCUUGGGAGGAGUAAUGCUGUUGCUUUUAGUGUCAAUACGAAGGCUGAAAUAAGGCCUGAAAAAGAUAAAUUAAAACUCCCAAUCAGUCCUGUUUUGGGAGCUCUCAUUGCCAUUAUAGGAGCUUUGGUGUCCAUUUCUGUAAUUAUUAUUUUGUGUUCCAAACACUGGUCGGCCAGACUAGGUGAAGAAAUACCAGAAACUCCUACUGCUUGGGAACCUAGCGAACUGAAACCUGGCCAUCAAUAUAUUUAAUUAUCCAUUUUUAAUUAACCGUGAUAACUGUGUUCAUGUGACUAAGUAUUGUGAUGUUAGUGGUAUAGUAUUUUCAAGAAGAAAUUUAUUUGUGUACUAAGAUGACUUCUUGAACUUAUUUUUUAAAAUAAUUUCUAGUGAUUUUUUUAGUACUUUAGUUUGUUUGUGAUAGUUUUCAAUGUACAAAACAUAACUUUAUCAAAUGCAUUUUGAUACAUUCUACAUGGCAUUUAAGAUAAUAUUCUAGUCAGUUGAAAGUUAAAUAUGUAAUACAUUUUUGUAUUAGUUGUAUUUUCAUAUUAGAUUUUUUAUGUGUAUUUUGAUGAAGAAUUGAAUGCAUUUUGUCAUUAAUUUAAAAGUUAUGAUACUUUUUAUAUAAUUCAUUUUAUUUAUUAGUCGUUCUAUUUUAACUUCAUAGCAUUAUAAUAUUCCAUUAUCAAAAUUUCAGUUAUUAUAAUUUGUUCUGUUUGUCAAAUCUAUGAAAAAGAUAAUGCUUAGGUUAUUUAUGUAAACCAUAUAAAGAGUUUUAAUGGUGGUUGCUUUAGAGUAUAAGAAAUUUGAAAUCUUCAGCUUAAAUGACAAUUAUAUUGAAGAGAAGCAUUUCAAAAAUAUUGUGAUAUAGUCUAAAAUGAAAAUUUAUUAGGUAAAAGUGAUUUACGUCGAGUCUGGGUUAUCUGACAUAAACUGAAAUUGGCAGUGUUAAAAAAAAAAAAAAAAUGAAAA